GCGCGGGUCACACGCUGGUCGCGGGCGCUCGCCGCCCCUCCCCCCGGGCUCCGCACUAUUUUGGGUGGUGUAGACCCCGCCCCCACCCCCCCCGCGCCCCGGCUCCGCGGCAGCUGGAGGGGUCCCGCCGCGCCUGUUGGGGCCGCACCUCGGACCGGGGCCGCCGGCGCGUCUGCAGCCAUGUCGGGCCGCUCGGUACCACAUGCCCACCCGGCCACCGCCGAGUACGAGUUUGCCAACCCGAGCCGCCUGGGCGAGCAGCGCUUCGGGGAAGGCCUCCUGCCAGAAGAGAUCCUGACCCCUACCCUCUACCACGGCUACUAUGUCCGGCCCCGGGCCGCGCCAGCUGGGGAGGGCAGCCGGGCAGGGGCCUCCGAGCUUCGGCUCAGCGAGGGCAAGUUCCAGGCGUUUCUGGACGUGAGCCACUUUACCCCAGAUGAGGUGACCGUGAGGACUGUGGACAACCUCCUGGAGGUGUCCGCCCGGCACCCGCAGCGCCUGGACCGCCACGGCUUCGUGUCGCGCGAGUUCUGCCGCACCUACGUCCUGCCCGCUGACGUUGACCCCUGGCGGGUCCGCGCCGCGCUCUCCCACGACGGCAUCCUCAACCUGGAGGCGCCUCGGGGCGGCCGGCAUUUGGACACAGAGGUCAACGAGGUCUACAUCUCCCUGCUCCCAGCGCCCCCCGAUCCAGAGGAAGAGGAGGAGGCCGUCGGUGUUGAGCCCUGAGCGCCACAGACCCGCACCCACUGAACCCCUUUCUAGUAGUUCCCGGCCCGUGAUAGAAGCAGCUGCCCAGCACCCCGGAGGUAGCUGCAUCCUUGAAGGAAGGGAAACGUGCAUGGUCACAAUGUAUGGUUUGGUCCCUUGGGACGUGUCAUAGCAUUUUUUUGUUUGUAUUUUUCGUUUAGUUUUGGGUGGAGCUGAAUAAACCCAAAUCUCAGGGCCUUGUUGUGCUGCUCCCUAUUCUGUGGCCUGGAGGAGGGCAUGGGCAGGGAAGGAGACAGAAAGGUCCUCAGUUAGGUGGACCCAACUUCCAGCGCUCUGAACUCACACGUGGAUGCUGAGAUCACACCCGGAAGCUGACACUGGCUUCACAUCAAAUUCCUGGCCAGGAUUUUCUCACAGUGCAACAAAAGAGAGUGUGAUCCUGGGAGGGGAAAGGGAUAUGUCAUCCAAACAGCCCGGAGGGCACUGUCUGAGCUGGUGAUUAGAGACACAAAAACAAGGGUCUCCAGACUGUCUGGCUGUUCUGGGUAGGGGUUGGGAAAACGGCUUUUGGAUGCAGAGAUGCCUAAAGCCCUGGUCUGCCCACGGAAAUUGGCCUCUGAUUCUGAGGGAUCGAGAAUGCAGAGCCAGCAACACAGACACAGAAGCCUCUGCCAUUGUCGCUGAACCACAAAGUUUCCCCACCCUCUGCCUGGGAGAGAAGGCCUUUGUUUCUAAUUGUGAUAUAUCCCAAAGAGAGGAAUCCCUGCAUCCCACCACCCAGUCCAAGGGUAUUGGUUUGGUGAUGAUGGCCAGGGAAACUUCCUUUGGAAGUAGAGUCUUAGUACUAGGAGUAUGGUGUAUUCAAAAAAGCCUGGAGGGUUGACCCCUUAAUUUCUUUCUGUAAUCAAGAGACCAUGAAUGUGUAUGAUUGGAGGAGUGCGCAGAAGACCUCCUUUACGCCAAAUACAUCUUUUACUAGGUUGUACUGGACAUCUGAAAUUCUCCCAUUAAAGUGGUUGGUUGAUUCUUAA